GUCUCUCCCGAAAGCAACUCAGUUUGAAAACUCUCGGAGCGCGAUACCCGCGCCCUGAACCCGCAGGUCUCCGCCUGGCUGGGGCUUACGGUGGGCUGACGGAGGCUCCAGGGACCCUUGGAGCAGAGUGGGGAGCGCGCCCGACCACCAUGCCGCGUUCGUUCCUGGUUAAGAGCAAAAAGGCUCACAGUUACCACCAGCCGCGCUCCCCGGGACCCGACUAUUCCCUCCGCCUGGAGAAUGUUCUGGCGCCAGGCGGAGCAGACAGCACCUCGAGCACAGGCGGGGCGAAGGCGGAGCCCCGGGGCCGUUUGUCCCCCGAGUCUCAGCUGACCGAAGCCCCCGACAGAGCCUCCACGUCCCCCGGCAGCUGUGAAGGCAGCGUCUGCGAUCGGAGCUCGGAGUUUGAGGACUUCUGGAGGCCUCCGUCGCCUUCUGUGUCUCCAGCCUCGGAGAAGUCGGUGUGCCCCUCGCUGGACGAAGUGCAGCCCUUCCCCCUGCCCUUCAAGCCGUACUCGUGGAGCGGUCUGGCGGGUUCCGACCUGCGGCACCUGGUGCAGAGCUACAGGCCGUGCGCGGCCCUGGAGCGCGGCGCCGGCCUGGGCCUCUUCUGCGAGCGCGCCCCGGAGCCAGGCCACCCCGCGGCGCUGUACGGCCGGGACCGGGCUGCUGGCGGCGCGGGGGCCGGGGCACCCGGGGGAGGCAGCGCAGGAGGCGGAGCUGCCGGCGGCGCGGGCCUGGGGCUCUAUCGCGACUUUGGGCCCGCGGCGGCAGGACUGUACGAGAGGCCGGCGACCGGCGGACUGUACCCGGAGAGCGGCCACGGGCUGCACGGCGACAAGGGCACCGGCGUCAAGGUGGAGUCGGAGCUGCUGUGCACCCGCCUACUAAUGGGCGGCGGCGCCUACAAGUGCAUCAAGUGCAGCAAGGUGUUCUCCACACCGCACGGGCUCGAGGUGCACGUGCGCAGGUCCCACAGCGGCACGAGACCCUUUGCGUGCGAGAUAUGCGGCAAGACCUUCGGGCACGCGGUGAGCCUGGAGCAGCACAAAGCCGUGCACUCGCAGGAACGGAGCUUUGACUGUAAGAUCUGUGGCAAGAGCUUCAAGAGGUCAUCUACACUGUCCACACACCUGCUCAUCCACUCAGACACCCGGCCCUACCCCUGUCAGUACUGUGGCAAGAGGUUCCACCAGAAAUCAGACAUGAAGAAACACACCUUCAUCCACACCGGUGAGAAGCCCCACAAGUGCCAGGUGUGUGGCAAGGCAUUCAGCCAGAGCUCCAACCUCAUCACCCACAGCCGCAAGCACACAGGCUUCAAGCCCUUCGGCUGCGACCUGUGUGGAAAGGGCUUCCAGAGGAAGGUGGACCUCAGGCGGCACCGGGAGACACAGCAUGGGCUCAAGUGA